ACGUUUCCGCCGAACUACGACUUGCAGUCCGCAACUGGUGCCACAAUGCUCUCGCUGGCCUGUUGUCUAGGCAUGGACCAGGCUUGUGCCGCGCUUCUCGCUCGUGGAGCCAAUCCGGACGUCAGAGACAAAGGCGGCUACACUCCACUAAUGCACGCCGCAGUGCAUGGCCGCACUCAAAUCUUCCAGCUCCUUGUUGCUCGAGGCGCAGAUGCAUCCGUCAGAAGUCUGAUGGGCUACUCUGCUUUCCGCAUCGCCCCUGAGCAUCUUCGCGCUGAGCUCAGGUCCAUCGUUCUCAGUACCCAGCGCCGUCGUCAUUCACGUUCCACUUUGCAGACUGGUGCAAGCUACGAUGAGCUGCCAUCUCAAGUCUCCUGGGAUGUUGCCAGCGCCUCGUUAUACGAGUCCGAGAUGGACUCCAAGAGUGAAUACCCAUCCCGCCCGGCCUCACGACGCCCCAGUGUUCACAUGAGAAAUGCAACCAGCCAGCCAUUCCACAUCAUGGCCGCAACAAUGCCCCACGGCCUCCCAAACACUGCCGCCGCUACUUGCUCAAGCAUGGUCGCGUAUCCUGAAAGCCUCGCCACGCCCAUUCCACAUCACAUGCAGCCCUUACAGGUCUUUUGAGCGACACUUCCAGCCGCGUAUGCACCGGCACCGGCAUAGCACGAAUGACAGUCCGAGAUAGUGUCUCGCGUACAACAACUGUGGGUGUUGGAGCGAGGGCAUGUGGG